AUGGCAAUUCCAGGACAAGAUGUUGCAGCAUUACAAAUUAUUGUUCAGGGCAGCGCAUUUUGCCAGGCUUCGUGGGGUGAUAUUUCGCAAGAGGAAUAUAAGGAAAUAAUAAAGGUUUCGGCCGGAGAAGGAUAUAGAAUUUUGAGGGACGGCGGAAGUGCAGUUGAUGCAGUAGAAGCAGCAGUCCGUGUUUUGGAGGACAACGAAUAUUUUAAUGCUGGGUACGGAUCAACAUUGAACAACGACGGUGAAGUUGAAUGUAACGCAAUGAUCAUGGACGGAAGCUCGUUAAACACUGAUUCUUUCUGUGGUUUAAUAGAAGCAGUAAUAUCUGGACGUUACUUUCGCAAUCCUGUCUCACUUGCUAAGAAAAUCAUGAACGAUACACAGUACUGUGCCCUGAGCGGUGAAGGUGCUUUGAACUACGCCAUAGAACAAGGAUUCCCCACCUGUGGUCCGAAUCAACUGAUCACACAACGUCAAAGAAAUUCACAAAUAAGGUAUCUGGGCUUUAAUGAUUACAUUCCCUUGGGACUUCCAGUGACUCCAACAGAUACCGUAUCAGCUGUUGCCAGAGAUGCUAAUGGUCGUUUGGCUUGCGCAGUGUCAACAGGCGGUAUAGCAGGAAGUCUGAAAGGUCGUGUGAGUGACGCAGCGAUGGUUGGCUGCGGGGGUUAUGCAAAUGAACACGGAGCGGCAACCACAUCUGGACAGGGAGAGUAUUUGAUGAAAAUGACCUUAGCAAGAGAGGUCGUUUAUAUGAUGGAAAGUGGGAUGAAUGCUCAGGAAGCUGCAGAAAAUGCUUUGCGAAAGAUGCAGAAUAAAUUUCAACAAUCAGGUUUAGGAGGUGUUAUUGCGAUUGAUAAAGAUGGAAAUGUUGGAAAGGCUUGCACUACUGAUUAUAUGGGUUGGGCAAGCGUGAAUGGCGAUAGAAUGGCUAAUGGCUUGAAUCCCCAAAUGGAAGUUAGGACGUUGUCGUUGUAA